GAGCUUCCUUAUAAAGGUUUAGAGAGAUGUUUUUACAUUCAGUGAUGAAAGCAGUCAUUUUCCACUGCAGUGAGCAGUGCUCCCUGAACCUUAAACUCUGCAGUUUCCUGCCUUUGUACUGCCAAAGGGGGUUGGGAGUAUUAACAGGUCAGGGCUGUGAGUACUGAGUCAAUAGAGGUCUUUAACUCCAUCUGUAAUUUAAUAAUUUUAGAAACAUAACUGCAAAGUAGAAAUGCAUGUCUUCGUAGUAAUUUCUUGACCAGAACAAAUCUGCAAUAUUCACAUAUAGUACAUGAAACCCUUAAGGUAAGUAUUAGUGGAACAGCUUCUGGACUGAGACAGAUUUGAUUAUGUGCAGUAGAAUGGGAACAUAGUCCAGUAUGAAAAUGCAUGGAGUCAAAUGUGAGGAUCUUGUGGUGCAAUUUUCUUUGUGCUAGAAGUCCAGUAAGGGUGUAGUUUCAUGUGACAGCUGAGACAAUUGCCCCUUCUCAGUUUCCAGCUGAGGGUUUAGUGCUGUGUUCUUUGGUUAUGUUUGGUUCUCAUGGUAGCUUGCAUUAUAGAUGGAGUCAGCUUGACAACCCAGUAAAAAGCUCUUCUGUGAUCUAGUUGUUUCUCUGGUUUAGGAAGUUGGAGUGAUUUACUGUGUGGUCAGAGGAGUACAAAAGAACAUAUCAGACUGUUUGUACUGCACCUCAAGAGUUUCAGUUCACUUCUGAGACAACUGACCUGUAACUGCUGUGUUAAGUAACACUGUAUCACCACAACCAAAGUUCGGUGAUUUUUCUUCCUGUGAAUUACCUCUGCUAUGGCAGAAAUAUUUAAGGUGUGUUUUGGUCUGUAGACAACCAGGGAGAAUUGAGUUUUUAUAUUGUCUUGAGGAAAGAGUUGUUUUCUGCUAUGGACAGACAUUUGCUACAGUUUUCAUAAAUACAUUGGGAAGGAUUUGGUUAUGUCUAUAUCAGAAAGAAAAACAAAUUUGUCUUUAAAGUGCAGGAUAUCCUGUCUCUCCAUAUGUUAUUCAUCAGGGUAGAAAGAUCUAAAGUUGGUUUAAGAAAUCCAGGAACACCUUCAUUUUCAAGUGAUUUUGUAGAGAAUUGGUGAUUGACCUCUGUGUUUGGAAGUACCAGUUUGAGGACAUUUGUUUCCAGGCAUUUUGUGGGUUGCAAAACACUCAACUUCUUUUCUAGUGACUGGUGCUCUGUACCUUCCUCUUCCUGCUCCUUUGCUGUCCAUUAGGACCAUACAGAAGACUGGAAAGACAGAGUACUGAUCAUUAUGUUUGGCUUUUUUCUGAAGAAUUUGCAUCUUUUGAGACAGACUAAAUUGAUUUGGCCUAAUUUUUCAAACUCAUGAGAUUCUGGAAUUGCAAAACCCAGGUCCAGAAUCAAUAUAUUUAGAUUACUUAAAUAACAAAACAAUCAGAUAUUUAAAUAGCAAGAUAAUCACCAAGAUUCUGGUUGAUAAAAAUUAGUCACUUUGAUUUGGUGCAAGAUCCAUGGUUUCUCAUCUUAAGUGCAAAGUAAAAUUGACUUAAUCUGCCUAAAUGUGAAUAGGAAAGGUGACCAAAUGGAAGAGGAUGGAGUCUUUUCUUGAAUAUCUAAUAACGGUAUAUAAAAUUGUUUGUGUACGUCUCAGUAUGAAAUGCCUCAUCAUGGUUAACACUACAGAGAUAUAUAUCAGAAUAUACAGAGACAUACAUCAGAAUAAAAAUGAUGGCAUUCUGCUUCUGGUCUGGUACAGAGAAUAAAAAUGAGGAGGAGUCAGCUUUGCUUUGAGAUAAGGAGUCAGUCCUACCUCUGUAUUGACUCUUGUCAUAUACACAUUUACCAUGCUGAAACAUGUCUGUGUUAAUAUAAAAUUUAUGCGUAUGAGGUAUGAGCCCCUUCCAAAAUGGAAAUCUUUGGCAUGGAGAUAAAAAUGGGCAUUAAAAGAUGGUAGAUUGUGAUCUUUAGAGUCUUCUCCAACCUUAAAGAUUCCGUGACUAGAGUCUAGACAGAGACUAGGCUCUUGAUAUGAUGCCAUGACAGAGUUCAACCAUUAACCUAACACUGCCAAGUCUGUCACUAAACCCGUCCCUAAGCACCACAUCUACACAUUUUUCAAGUACCUCCAGGGAUGGAGAUUUUAGGACUUCUCUGGGCGGCCUGUUCCAAUGCUUGACAACUCUUUCAGUGAAGAAAUUCUUCCUAAUAUCCCAUCUAAACUUCUUCUGGUGUGACUUGAGGCCAUUUUGUCUGGUCUUGUUACUUGGGAGAAAAGACUGACUCCCACCUCAGUACAAUGUCCUUUUAGGUAAUUGCAAAGAGAAGUCUCCCUUCAUCCUCCUUUUCUCCAGGCUGAUCAACCCAAGCUCAUUCAAGUUCCCCCCUUGUGCUCCAGACCCUUCACCAGCUCCAUUGCCGUUCUCUGGAUGUACGCCAGCCCUUCAGUGUCCUUCUUGUAGUGCGGGGCCUAAAACUGGGCACAGCUCUUGAGGUGUGGCCUCACCAGUGCCAAGUACAGGGGGACAAUCACUGUCCUGCUCCUGCUGGCCACACUGUUGCUGAUACAGGCCAGGAUGCCAUCGGUCUUCUUGGCCACCUGGGCACUGCUGGCUCAUCUUCAGCAGCUGUUGACCAACCUUCCUAGGUCCUACUCUGCUGGGCAGCUUUCCAGCCCCGCUUCCCCCAGCCUGUAGCGCUGCAUGGGGUUGUUGUGACCCAAGGGCAGGACCUGACACUUCACCUUGUUGAGCUGCACACAGCUGGCCUCAGUCCGUGGAUCCAGCCUACCCUGAUCUCUCUGCAGAGCUUCCCUAUCCUCUGGUGAUCAACACUCCCACACAGCUUGGUGUUGCCUGCACACUUGCUGAGGAUGCACUUGAUCCUUUCACUCAGAUCAUUGAUAAAGAGAUUAAACAGGACUGACCCCAAUGCUGAGCCCAGGAGAUCACCACUGGUGACCAACCAUCAGCUGGAUGUAACUGCAGUCACCACCACUCUCAGAGCCCUGCCAUCCAGCCAGCUUUUACCCAGCAAAGAGUACACCCAUUCACAUUAUGGAAAGUCACCUUGUCCAGGAGGAUGCUGUGCGAAACAGAGUCAAAGACUUUACUGAAGUUCAGGUAGACAGCAUCAAAAGCCUUUCCCUCAUCCACUCAGCAGCUUACCUUGACAUAGGAGAUCAGGUUGGUCAAGCAGGACCUGCCUUUCAGAAACCUCUGCUGGCUGGGCCUGAUCCCCUGCUUGUUCUGUGCGUGUUGUGUAAUGGCACUCAGGAUGAUCUGCUCCAUGACCUUCCCCAUCCCAGAGGUCAGGCUCACUGGCCUGUGGUUCCCCAGAUCCUCCUUUCAACCCUUCAUGUAAAUAGAGUGUAACAUUGGCUAACUUCCAGUCAACUGGGACCCUCCCAGUCAACUGAGAGCCCCUGUCUAGGCUACAUUUCAACUUCGUUUGGGUAACAUGCAACAAAAAGCCUUCCUUUGGAUAAAGGAAUGAAAUGAGAGAGAUACUACUUCAAAAAUACUACUAUUUUUGUAGUAUGAUAUUAACUGAUUCUUGUUGGUUUCUGGUACUAUUUGUAAAAACAAUUUGAGAUUAAAGGACUCGUCAAAAUGGCUUGUCCAACUGUUCUGAUGGCCGCAAAGGACAGUGAAACUUGAGACUUGUUGGUUUUAGUCCAAAAGGUCUCUUGAAACUCAGAAGAAGAAAAAAAAAGACUAUAAGAAAAAAAUGUAAAUGUGCCUAAGUGCUAUUCUAAGACAUUUCAGUAAGGAGAAUAAUGAUUUGUAAUUUGUUCCUUUGAGCUAAGAUAACAUAUUACAUUUCUUAAGUAAAAAAAGUGACUCUUGCCAGUUCUUACUGUAAGAUUUUAGUUUACAUGUGCACAAGAUGUGUUGUUUGCCAUAAACUUAAAAGCGUUUUUUGAUUCAGAGCUUCUCCUCCUGCAGGUUAAUAUAAAUAAUAUAAAAAUGUAACAAUCUUUGUACAUGGUAUUGUCUUGGAAUUGUAUAGCUGGUUCUGUUGUUCUCCCUGGGUCUAAUAUGCAACCACACAGCCUUCUCUGUGUAAAUGUAGUUGCUUUGCCUGCUGUAAGGCUUUAUGGCAUGUUUGGCUUGAGGACAAGCAGACUGAUGACAGCUUUCGAAGAAUGACUAGAUUUCCAGGUCCUUACUAGAGGAAUAACUUCUGGCUCUGUUUCAGUGUCAAAAGAUUGUCCUAGAAUGUGUAGAUGAGUACUUAAAAAUCUGGUGACUAUUGUAGAGAUUGCAAAACGGUUUUUUCCAGUGUAUCUUUUUUGACUAAGUACAGAGCUUCAGAUUCAUGUCAUACAGGAAAGGACGGGAAAAUACUGGAAUAUCUGAAACCAGAUUUGUAGGUACUGUCUUUGUAUUGACAAGGUAAAAAGAAGUUGAAACAAAGUGUUCUGCUCCAUAGAAUUGCUUGCAGGAUUGUUUCUUGCACAAAAAGAUAGCCAGACGUUUACCUUCAGCUAUAUCUAUCUUAAAAAAAAAAACCAAAACCAAACCAAACUCAGAGGCAACAUUUAGGAGAGAGAAAGAGGGCAAAGACACUCUUAAGUGGAAUCUGUACCUUGCCUUCAGCACAAGAUUGCUUGCAAGCAUUAUAUUCUUAUUCUCUUGCAGUAAAGAUUUGAGCAUUGAAGCACAAGUGCGAUAUGCCCUCCUUCUGUGAUAUUUCUGUGUCUCAGGUCUGAAUUCAGUCAGUAAACAAAAAGAAAGGGUGCAAGGGGAAAACUCAAACCUUGCCACCUAAAAUGCAUCCUGUCCCCUGUCCUUCCACAGGGUAGAAAUGUGUGUCCUCUCUUAUACUCAUUUCCUGCUUUGUCUCCUGUGUCAUACAGCUGCCUUCAUUUCCUCUUACUAUUGUUGUGACCAAGCCACUUUUCCUACUUCCUCAAGAAGUUUUUUCUGUCUGCAGUGCCAAAGUGUCUACAGGUCUUUCCGAUCUCUCUUAGGUACUGAACGUUUCCAUAGAUUUUUGUCUCUUGCAAAGUGCAAGCAUUUUUAUGUUCUAGCAAUAUGAUUAUAAAAAUUCAAAAUGCUUCUCAAAAUCAAACUACUGGAAUGUUUGCAUAUGUUUAAAAAUAUAUAAAUUUAAAGUGAUAUUUUCUUUACAUACCUUACUGUAAGGCUUAAGCAGUACCUGAAAUAGACAUUUCACAUCUAUUUGCAAAAAAGCCCAAAACAAAACAAACCAGAAACUAGAGGUAAGGAUAAAGCGCUUUAAUUUUUUUUUAAUUCUUUCUAUUAUUGUUGUCUUUAGUAUACUAGAACGAGGGGAAGAAACCUGUGCAUGUCUGCUUUAAAAGCAAUUGCCCUGGGAUACAUCAAUGCUUUUUCCUACUAUCAAUUAUUAAUUGUAAAAUGUCUUGCAAAGAGGGCUAAGCAUGUGAUGUUUACUCCUUGUCUGUGAUUUCACAAAAUUUAUUUUUCUUGGGAACCUGCAUUAAGGCUUGUUGUUAUCUCUUCUAUAGGUAUUGGUGCUCUAAGGGGUUGUCCUGCAUUAAUUGCUUCAGGUUCAUUAUUUGGUCUUUUAGCAGUUUGUUUGGUUAUAUACUUUGUGUCUGGUACCUUUAAUACAGUGUCUUCUCAGCCAGACUUUAGUUGUCUUCUUUGCAUCACAGUAAGUUUUCCUGUGUACUGUGCUUUAGUUUUAAAUUUGCAAAUAGGAUGUGUAUUCACAACUCCCUCUGCAUUCCCUCAGUCUGAAAAAGACUUGGAAAUCUGCAAAAUAAACAAAAUGUAUCAGGGAAAGACAGAAAUGUAACACAAAUUUCAGAUCACUGUUCUGAAGGUAACAAUUGAGAACUUUAAUUAUAAAAUUAAAGCUAGCAAAAGAAAAUGUAUCAUGAUAUAAGGUAAAGAAAACAAUCCAGAUACCUCUUCUUAUAUUUCUAUGAAGAUGAAUGUAAGUACGUAAUAUAUCAUUGGGGAAUGGGUAUAUGGUGAUAAUUAAACACCAAAGAAAAUAUGAAGUUUCUAGGAAACUGUCUUAAUUUGAAGAUUUUACUUACAUAUAGGCAUAUUUUAUCCUUAUUUCACUGUGCUAAUGUAGUUGUCUACUGUCCUAGUGCUGCACAAGUACUCUCCUUGAAAACAGGAUGAGUGCAUACUGUAUGCCUUUGGAAAAAUCCACAUAUACUCGCUGAAGUUUUUUAUCACUCUGUACAUAGCCAUAUAGCAGACUGAGGUAUUUUAAAUUUUUGGAGGUUUUUUUAUGUAAAAAAGAAAAAUUAAAUAGAUACAAGUUCUGGAAAGAAUAGUUGGAUACACCUCAAGGUAAUGCUGUGAAAGCUAUCAGCUUUCAUAUUCCAUAUUGACAAUAGGGUAAUGAGAAAUUUUAUGGCCAGAGAUGGAUGUUUUAGUUGCUUGUCAGGAGGUAGUCUCAUGGCCAGGCCAGUCCCUUUUUCUCUCUUUGGUAAUGCCUGUGCAAGCCUUUGUAGCAUCAUCACUGAAGCAGCAGACGCAGCUGCAGCGGAUCAAGCGCUGGGUUAGCAGCCUCAUGCUGCUGUGUUAGCUGACAGAUGUGCACUAAGAAAGUAAAACUCAGGGUAGCAUCAUGCAGCUGUUCUGCCCUAGAGAAGCAGAUCAUUGUCUGCAGAGCUGUGGGCUGCUCACAUCGCAGAAUUCCAAUAGCCUCAGCCCCGUCAGGAUAUUCACAGCACAAUCCUGUGUCCACUCACAGGCAAGCAGGUGAAGAGGCAAUGUAUCAGAAAAUGAGAGGAAAAGUUUGUGGGCCACUGGCUUAAACUUUGUGGACUUCAUACAUGUGUUAUAUGAGGGUCCUAAGACUGGUAAUUCAGCUUCUUCUAAGUUCUCAUUAGACGUGCUGUCAGUAGCAGUUACUGGCAGAGCAGGACUUAGUUGCAGUUUGGGGUGGGGUUUUUUUUGACUUCUCAGAUUUGAACAGAUGUUGUAACCUGUUUCCUGGUAGAUAAGCUCUCAUAUUGCAGAGCUGCUGUCUGCCAUUUGGUGUAAGUUGUCCUCGGGAGUGAGCCAGAUAUUGAGUAUAUCACAGAUUGAAUUUGUUCAUCAGUCGUAUGGUGGCAUAGUGAAAACAAUUGCAAGGCAUUAUAAAAAGAAGUGAAAGUGUAUAUAUUGUUUGCUGUCUGUGCUGUCACAUUUCCUGAAGUCCAGAGGUGUGGGGUUUGGGUUUUUGGGUUGUGUAGUUUGUGGUGUUGGGGGAGCUCUUGGGGAGGAUUUAGUGUUACUUGCUAAAGCAAUUUAAUAUAGUGCAGAUUUUUUUAAUGAGCAUUUACAUCGUAUGUGCGCAGUUCAGUUCUUAAAUAGCUUUAACAGGACAAUUCUUCCUUUUUUACAUAGUGUGGUUUGUUUUGUCCUAACACAAAUACAUAGGCAAAUUCCUGCUCUUUGGUAUGUUCUAGGCCUAUCAUUGCCAUUCACAGAGAUGCUGUGUGAAGUGUAUGUUGUAUAGCAGGAAGAGCAGAUAAUCAUAUGUAUUUGAGGAGGCCCAUAAGCAGGAAGAACAGAUAAUCAUAUGUAUUUGAGGAGGCCCAUAAACAAUUUGAGACAAAAAAUGUACUUGUAUGUGUUUCUUGUCUGCCUUUUUAUAAGCUUCACUAUUUAGAAUUAAUUAGAAUAACAAAUUUCCUCACUUCAGUGCAAAGUUUCAUCUCCUUUUUCAAGAAAAAUAAUUUCCUAACUUUUCAAAGUAAAUUUUAUAUAAUUUACUGCUACAAUUUGUCUUUACUAUCAAAAAAGGUAUGUUUAGCUGCUGUUUCAUUUUUCUCUUUGUACUUAGGCAGAGAAAGCCUCAUCAUGUAAGCCAGAAGGCUGGGUGACUUGCUGUUUCAUCUGCUGGCAGGGAGUUGGGAGUCUUGAGGAUUCUUCAGUCAGAUGAAAGUUCAUAAUUCAUUCCUUCUGAGCUUUCACAGAAUUAAUUGAAGUAGAAGCUACAAGGCUUCAUUCACAAGCCAGAGAAGUCGAUCAGGAAUGUAUCGAUUGUACUUAAAAAUUUUUCCCCAGAAAUAUUUUGGCGGGGGGGAGGAACUUAUGGUAGGAUCUAUUUUUAGAAUUAAAUUUAUUUUCCUGAUUUGUAAAAAUUCAUCUGCAUCUACAUCUCAUUUAUCUGCUCUCAGAUACCUGCAUAAGAGGGAGCACUGCAAAACUUGGGUAAUUCCAAGGUAAAGGCAGUUGUCCUCCCCUCCUAUCCCUUUUCUCCACCUUCUGGGAACUUCUACCAAAGUUCACAUAAAUAAAACGUUUUUCAGUUAAUUUAAUCUGAAUUGUAGGCAGCCCAAAAACUUCAUGUAUUUUGAUGGUAAAUUCAAUAUUCUCAAUGUGUCAGAUUUGUGUACCCACAGUGCGUAACAGUCAAAGAGAUUGGCAGAGGAAGAAACUGCAGUUUUGGCAACUAGGUAAGGGGCUUUUUGUACCCAGUGAGGCAUGGGGAGACAGUUUGGAUUUCAACACAAGCAGAAAACAUUCUGACCACAUGCUUACACGAUCAACAAUGAAACAAAAUAUUGACAAGCAACUACUGUAUUUUGAUGCAGUUAACCUAAGGGCUAUCAGUUUAAAAACAAAACUGCAAUUCAGCAGCACUGUAAGAAUCUGGAUAUGCACAGAUAAUACAAGGGGAAGUUUAUUCUAGGACCUGUCUCCUUCAGAGCUUCACAGUGUCUGAUUUCCCUAUAGCCUACAUCCUUUCCCAUAGCUUGCUCUCACUAUGCCAGUAGUCCCUCAGCUUCAGAUUUGUGUAUGCUGUCUGAGUACAGAGCAUAUAAAAUAAAAGGUGAUAUUAUCUUCAGCUUUCAGAGUUAAUUGCUCAUUAAAACUAGGCUUUCUUAGGAAAGAAAAUAUGAUAGAGGAUUUUCAGUUUUGUGGUGAAUUUCUGGGAUUUUUUUGCCCUACGAUGUAAUGUAAUUCUGUAAACUUAAAAAGCAAAAAACUUGCACCGUUUGUACUCUGCAGUCUCUGAGGAGCACAUAUAAUGACACGUGCUGCAGCAUCAUCUAGGGCAUCAGAAGUGUAAAAGUUGAGAUCUAAUGUGUAGCACGUAGAAGUUUUUUAAUGUUCAUAUUGUCAGAUAAGCACCACAUUUAAAUGUGUAGCUACAGUCCAUGGAGCUUGGAAUUUCAGACAUUGUUUCUGUUAUCCUUUGAAUAGAAACAGUCAAAGAAUGGAUCUGGAAGCCAGCAGGAAUUUGACAUCUGAACAAAAAAUAAGUGUGUUUAGCUCCCUUAUUUUUCUUUCUCAGUAAGAAAAGGUUGGGAUGACUUUGGGUUUUUUUCUAAUUUUAAAGAAACACUUUUUCCUCAUUUAAUUCUUAUUUCUGUGCAGUAGUGAAAUACCAUCUUUUUCCGCUCCUUCUGAUAUUUUCAUGAGUGAAGUCUGUAAGUCUUUUAAUUUUGCUAGCUUGAAGCCUUCAGCUAAGUAACACUAAACCAAACCCGUUUGUACACUGUUUUGUCACUGAAGUUGCCAUCAUCACUCCAGAAGUAUGGCAUCCAGAGGCACUGAGUCUUGGCUAACAUAUCUUCAGGUAUUUAUUCACCAUUCUAGUAUUGAUUCUUCCUUUCCAACAAAUUGUGCCUAUAGCAUUGCACUUUUGCCUUAAUGGAACAAGAUAGGACUUUGAUUUUGGGGAGCAGAGAGAUGGGGGAAAGGGUGGGCAUAGGACCAAAUUGUAAUGGUGUAGUGAUUUUCUUCAGUAAACUAAUCAAUCUCAGUAACAUUUUUAAAACCCAUUUUCUAGAAAAUGUGUUGCCAGCAUUGUCUUUCAUCAAACCUACAGUGAGCAUGGCAGCUGGGGCAUUUUACUGGCUGCUGGAAAAAAGGUAAAGAUGUGUGAAAGGGCAGAAGGAAUGAGUUCUGGUCUUCCUGGAUAGGGCCAAAAUUUACAGUGUUGGUCUGUAGAUUCAUCUCAUCUAGGAAUCACACCUUGUAAUCUGUUGUUCUAAUCAUGUAAAUCUGAAAAGUUUUUCUCUGCAGUCUCAUUUUAGACAAAUGCACGAAAUGGACUCUAGGAUCAAUUUAACAUUUGAAUAUGAUAAGCUUUACUCAACAUGGCAUCUUUCAAGUGGGAAGCCUGUAAUAUGUGUCUAAAGGUAGAUAGAACAAUUUCAUUUACUGAAAGCUGAAAAAUUGACCUGCGCUCCCUAAUGCCUAUUUGCAUGUUCUUAACAGUGGUACUUAGCAGAUAGCUUACACCUUUUUCUUUAAAGGGAAAACUUUCUUGCAUUUAUCACAUAGUAAGAGCGUGCAUGAAGUAGUUACUGUUGAAUAUCUGAUGUGGGAGAAAUGCAUGUCCUCUCUAAUUUUGCAGUGUAUGCAUAUCUCUUUGUAUUACUAGGCCUAGCUGCUUUUAAUUAACCUCACUGCUGGCAAAAAAAUAAGAAAUGUUCUCCUCUUAAUUUUUUUUUCAGAGGUUGGAAACAUUAUUUAUGAAAAAACCAAUUGACAUACUGUAACUAUGCAAGCUUAAAUAAAGCUGUGUAUACUGGCCAGUCAGAAUAACUGCAAGUACAUAUUGCAGCCAUUGACAGAGGAGAAAGAUGUCAUCACAGCUGCUCCAGCAUGCAGUCCUUGAUGCUCUGAGAGGUUAUUUUGUGGUUAUAAUAACCAUAUAUAAGGGUUUCUGGUCUCAUGUUGGACUCCAAUUAACCAUUCCUCUGGAGUGCUCCAGCACGCCCAGCUGCCUCUGCAGCACUCACUCCACUCAGUCAAAUAUUUCUGCAUUUCACAGUGUAUACAGUUUUAUCCACAUUAUCUCCCCAUUAGUUUGGGUAUUGGAGAUUUAACAAGAAGCCUGCAUUGCAUAGAUAAAAGCAUCUCACAAUUCCUUGAUCAACAUGCUAUGUCUGUUUUAAUGAUGGAGCAGCUGAGGUGUUCUGAUCAGUGUUCUGAAAGAUUAUGCAACGGUUUUAAAUAAAUCACAGAGUUUUUUUCCCUUUCUUGGUCAUUUAUAGACUAUGUAUAUCUGGAUUUUUAGACAAAGUAUUGUUUCCAGAAUGAUGUAUGUUUUACUUCUAUAAAAGGAUUCGGUUUUGAUGUUCUGUGGUUGUUAAGGAAUUUUUGAAUAGUCUGAGCUUUGAUUUUUUUGACAGGUUUGGAGAAAAAUUGUAGUUGGCAUUUUGUGCCAUAGAAGUUGAGUGUCAAUAGUAGAGCACAAGGUGAAGAGAGUAAAAUCAGCUAUUAAAAAUGUUUAUGGUGAAGGAAUCUCUUGACUUCACACCUUAGUAUUGCUGUUUUGGAAAGUGCUUGUCUGAACUUCAAGGCCUUGGUCUGCCAUUUUGGGAGACAAGGAGUUAGUUGGGGGUGGAAAGACUGGAGUUUGUAUUCUUUCUGCUCUGUUACCCAUUGCUAUCUUCAUGGAUCUGACACUCUGUUUAUCUGACAGUGCACUCAGUACUGCUUCGCCAGGGAAAAUUGCACAAAACAAGCCUAGUGCAUCAGCAUUUUCAUUGUGUAUUAAGCUGAGCCUCCCUUCACAUGGUCACAUCCCCUUUUUAAUCUGGGAUUCCAUGUCCCUUUCCCAGUCCAGCCUGUUUCUGUGGUGUCUAUUGCUGGUCUCCCUGAGCUUCUGUUUCUGUGGUUUGAGUGUUUUUUGUGUGGCUGAGUGUUAAGACCUGCAGGACUUUUGGAAGUGGUGCUGUGGGGGGUUAGGCAGUACAUUGAUUUAGUGUUAGGAGUUUGUCAGAGACUGAGGUGAUGGCCGCGUUCAAGUUGGAUUUCCUCCCAGAGAUGAUGGUGGACCAUUGUUCCUUGAAUGCAAGCCCUGUUGCAAAGAAAAUGAAUGGCACACUGGAUCACCCAGACCAACCUGAUCUAGAUGCUAUCAAAAUGUUUGUGGGUCAAGUCCCACGGAGCUGGUGUGAGAAGGAUCUAAGAGAACUUUUUGAACAGUAUGGUGCUGUCUAUGAAAUCAAUGUCUUGCGGGACAGGAGCCAAAACCCUCCUCAAAGCAAAGGGUGCUGUUUUGUUACAUUUUAUACCCGUAAAGCUGCACUAGAAGCACAGAAUGCUCUUCACAACAUGAAGAUCCUCCCAGGGAUGCACCAUCCUAUCCAGAUGAAACCAGCUGACAGUGAAAAGAGUAAUGCAGUAGAAGAUAGGAAGUUGUUUAUUGGAAUGAUAUCCAAGAAGUGCAAUGAAAAUGACAUUCGAGUGAUGUUCUCCCCCUUUGGGCAGAUUGAAGAAUGCAGGAUAUUACGGGGCCCGGAUGGCCUGAGCCGAGGUUGUGCAUUUGUGACUUUUACAACAAGAGCCAUGGCACAAACAGCAAUCAAAGCAAUGCACCAAGCACAAACCAUGGAGGGUUGCUCUUCUCCCAUUGUUGUAAAAUUUGCAGACACGCAGAAGGACAAAGAGCAGAAACGAAUUGCUCAGCAACUUCAGCAACAAAUGCAACAGAUCAGUGCUGCCUCAAUAUGGGGAAACCUGGCUGGUCUCAACACACUUGGACCCCAGUACUUAGCACUUUAUUUGCAGCUCCUUCAGCAGACAGCAGCUGCUUCAUCUGGGAACCUGAACACACUGAGCAGCCUCCACCCAAUGGGAGGACUGAACGCGAUGCAGUUACAGAACCUGGCUGCCCUGGCAGCUGCGGCCAGCGCGGCUCAGAACACACCGAGCGGCACGGCUGCGCUCACCUCUUCCAGCAGCCCCCUGAGUGUGCUCACCAGCUCAGCAGGUUCCUCACCUAGUUCCAGUAGCAGCUCCUCUGUUAAUCCAAUGGCUUCUCUUGGAGCUCUGCAGACACUGGCAGGUGCUACAGCAGGCCUCAACGUUAGCUCUUUAGCAGGAAUGGCAGCCUUAAAUGGAGGACUUGGCAGUGGUGGUCUCUCAAAUGGGACAGGUAGCACAAUGGAAGCCCUCACACAGGCUUAUUCUGGAAUCCAGCAAUAUGCUGCUGCUGCACUGCCCACACUCUAUAACCAGAGUCUCUUAACACAGCAGAGUAUUGGUGCAGCAGGAAGUCAAAAAGAAGGUCCAGAGGGAGCCAAUCUGUUUAUCUACCAUCUUCCCCAGGAGUUUGGGGAUCAGGAUCUGCUGCAGAUGUUCAUGCCAUUUGGAAAUGUCGUCUCUGCCAAGGUUUUCAUUGACAAGCAGACCAAUCUAAGCAAGUGUUUUGGUUUUGUAAGUUACGACAAUCCCGUCUCUGCGCAGGCUGCCAUUCAGUCAAUGAACGGCUUCCAGAUCGGCAUGAAGCGGCUGAAAGUACAGCUCAAGCGCUCCAAGAACGACAGCAAGCCAUACUGAGCACCCCUCCCCUCCGGGACUGGAGUGAGAAGGAUCUUCUGAUUCCUGCCGUUUGUUCAUCGUUGUGCCUAAAGCAUGUCGAUGUGGCGUUCAAGUACAUCGUCCAAAUCCUUGUCUCUUCAGCUUCUCUGAUGCUUGAACUCUCACCUUUGACCUUGUGUUGACCUUUGAUGCUGAUGUGUAUUUUUAUUAUGUUUGUUUCUUUUCUUUUUUUUUCUUUUUUUUUUCUUUUUUUUCUUUUUUUUUUUUUUUUUUGUGCUGCCAAAUUGGUUUUGCUAGAAAGACUGCUGAAGGGGAAUAUUUAAACUUGCAUUUGAAUAUAAAAGAAUUUCUAUUUUUCUAGACCUUCGUAAGAUAACCACUUGAUUUUGUGAAUCUGAUUCUUUGUAAUUUGUCUUCAGAGCAGCCUUGCUAGCAUACCUUGUGGAGUAUUUGUAUUUCUGUGAACAUACAGCCAAUCACUUUCUAGGCUUAGUUUUUUCUGUGUGCUUAGUUUUAAAAACACAGUUUGAAGAAAAAGUCAAUUAUAUGGUGUGACUCAAUCUUUCAGGAGACUUCCUAGUCACAUUUUGCUGAUCUGGUUUCUGUGCUUGAGGAGACAGCAUGUGUUUUUAUGAGUUCAAACUUGUGACUUGAAGUGGCAUCAACAGAAAACACUUGAACUACGUUUUCCUCUGAUUGUAGCUACAUUUUUGCCCUGACAUUUACUGAUUUUUUUUUAAUUAUUAUUUUUAUUUUUUCCCCUGCUUCCCUGUGUGAUUAUCAGUCUGCAGUGAAAAUUUGAUCAAAAUUGAUGUUGUAUUUUGUUAAGCUCUGGCAUGCUUGGUUUUUUUGUAACUACAAUCUCCUCAGCAAAAUGUGAUGUUUUUGUUUUAAUCUUUCAAACUAAGAUAGUGCCCAGAAAUGUUGUGCAUGUUUCCUGCUGUUUUCUUCACACCCUCGUAUAUAUCACCUUCACCUCUCUGUUUUCUAUAGUUUGUGCAAAAACUGAGCAAUUUAAUGGGUUUCAAAGGUAUCCUUUAAAUUGGUGGUUUUGGUAUGACAAAUAUCUGAUCAGAAGCCACCUGAGGGCAUCUACCUGUGCACUUAGACUGUCUGCCUGACAGAGCACCUGGACCUUGCUCCAUCUCCAGUGCAGUCAGAAGCUCUGAGGAUGCUUGGUUACGCUGUUCCCCUAGUGGAAGUUUUGGUGGAAGGGGAUAGCUGGGAGCAGGAAGGUGGGGGAACUCACAAUAUUUCUGUUUCCAAAGCUAUCUGAAGCUAGGGCUCAUUUCAAACACUGAGCAUUUUGCACAACUCAGGGCACAUUUCUGUGAAGUCCAGCCCCAGUCUAAUACCAUCAGUCAGAGUUUGGUGGCAGGAUUCUGGAAGGAUCUAGGUUAGCUCAUGAAAUAAAGUGGUUUAAAUUUCCCAGAGAAAGGUUUGUAACACUGGUCCUACAACUGCUGGCUCUUUUCCCAAAUGACAAGCACAAUACAACAGCCUCUGAAGCUGUUACCUGAACAGGGUACCAUCCCCAGCUCUCUUUUCAAGGGCCUUAGCUGGGGAAUCUCUGCGGAGAUUUUUUUAGUUUUUGUUUCGUUUUUAAUUGGGUAAUGAGCUGAGCAGUUCUGAUAGUUUGCAGGAUGAACUAGAACAGGUUACUGCUCUCUGGGUAGCAGGCUUCCCCUGCCCUACGUACCAUCUGCACAGGUAGAAACUGGGAAGUAGCUUCUAGAUGAAGGCACCUGAAGAGUGUGUGCUGUGAUGAAGUUUCAGUCAGAAGCAGCAGCAAGCUAGUGUAGGUAUCUUAACAGUUGAAAUAAUGUGAUAUGGGAUUCCAGGAGAAGGGGUUUUGCUUAGAAAACAAGUAGAGUUUGAUUGGAUAGAAAUCUUCAUUUUGUCCAGUGUUUGGGAUAAUGUAAAGAUGCAAAGAUUGUUUUCUACCCUGCUCCUGAGUUGGUUGAGGAUACUGUAUUCUCACUAGGUGUUGACCAGAGUUGUGUAGACAGUCCUUAAUCUGCUUACAAAAGAGAACAAUUUGAAUAUGAUACAUGUACCUGGGAGUGAAUCGUGAGGCUGAAUGAAAAAGGGUAGAGACUCAUUUAUUUGGGAAGUAGGGUUGGGGGCUGGCUGCUGUUAGUCCCACAGUCUGAAUGCACAGGGCUGUGUGCCAGGGGGCACUGAUGCCCUGCAGUGUGUGGAGGAGCUGCCAGUACGUUUCUGUACUUGUGCGUUUGGUUCCGUAAGGAACCUCGGGGAAACCUGUGGAAAAAUAUCUGAAGAAAACCAAAAUGCCAAAUGUUGGGUGUUUCUUUCCUUUCUUUCCUUUUCUUCCUUUGGUUGUUUUAAUUGUUCUGUGGUGGUUUUAAUGGAUUUGAGACAGUGGAGCAGCAGCUGCCUUUCUGAUUUUUGGCUGCUUUUUGUGAAUAAUUUAAAAAGAAAAUUUACAUUUUGGAGACAAACCUGUGGGCUUUUUUAUUGGUACAAACAUUGUAUUUAACACUAGGGGUUUUGUACAGUUUUUUGCCUUUUCUACUAGAAAACAAUGUAAAGUGAUUCACAAUGUGAUGAGAAAACAAAUUGCCACUAUGACCAAAUGUAGAGUCUGUUCUGCAGUUAACGGGAUUUAAUCAACUCGAAGUCGUGGUUCAGUCGUAGAAAUGCUUUUCUUUACCUUGUUUGAGCUGUUCCUUUUUUUUUCUUGUUUUGAUUUGCAAAACAAAAUGUCUUUUUGUGUGAAAUUGUGUUGUACUCUGUAGAGAAUUACAGAUUUUACUUUAAUGGUUUAAAAAGCAGAGGAGCGCGUGUUGCUUUUCUGAUCUGAUCACAGAGUUUGUGUAGUGGAUUUAAAAAUGAAAAGAUUUGUUACCAGUUUGGAACAAGCGAGUAUGUGUAAAAGGAAUUUUCUUCCUUUUGUGUGUGUGUUUUUUUUCUUUUUGUCCCAAAGGGCAACUUAAAGCUGUUUUAAUUGCACAGACACACCGACAACAAGUCAUUUUGUAUAUGCCAAGUGUGGUACCUUCCUUUGUUUAUUUGCUAUUAAACUGUUUGAGAAGA